AUGAUAGGUGUAGCAAGUAACAAUACAACAAUAGCUAAAAAGGGCAGACACCUCUUUGAUUAGAUUUAUCUUUUUGCCAUUAAUUUCUUGUAAGUAAUACACAACAAUUAUAUAUAUACCUCGAAGUGGCUCAUAAAAAUAUUAAUUUAGUUGUACAAGUGGUAGUCGCAACUCUGACAAAGAAAUGACUGAUAUUGAACAACAACUACGGACAUUUCUUCAAGAUGUCGCUGAGAAAGAAAGUUACGACCCUAGUAAAAUUUAUAUUAAACCUAUUAAUUCAGGAGGAGCUAAUUUUACAUCAGAUUUGUACGUAGCUACCAUUCAAGACCCAAUCAAAGCAGAUUUACAUAUUUUUGCAAAAGCAGCUAGCCUGAGUGAAGAUACUAGAGCCAAGAACGAUUUUCUGGUAAGAAUAUACACUACUGAAGAAGUAUUCUACACUGAUCUGGCAGUUCAUUUCGACAGGAUUUAUAAUGAACAAGAUGUUCCGAUUGAAGACAGGUUGGUUGUGCCAAAAUUUUACGGACUGAAGUCGAUUCUUUAUGAAGAAAUAUUGGUGCUCGAAAACCUGGAAGGUAAUGGCUUUACAAGCUUUGAUAGAAGGAAAACUUUUGAUUGGGAGUAUGCCUCUGCAGCCGUUUCACAACUGGCUAAGUUUCACGCUGUAAGUCUAGCCCUACGUGAACAACAGCCGAAAGAAUUCGAGCAAAUAAUCAAUAAGUUUAGAUAUAAUGAUUUUUCCAAAGACCAAGAAAAGAUUGCUCAGUAUAUGCAACAAACAGUCCGGGAUGUAUGCAAAGUUUUAAAUGAUGACCAUAAGAUGAGAUUGCUCAAUUUUUUCCGUUCAGUGAACAUGACGGCUUUAAUGCAACAGAUGAUGUCAGAUAAAAGUUUUUUAAUUCAUGGAGAUUUCAAAACAAGUAAUUUAAUGCACAGACGUAAUGACGAUAAAUUAGAAGUAAUCCUGCUGGACUACCAAACUCUAAAGCUGGGGAAUCCAGUGACUGAUUUGAUGUACUUCAUCUUCUCUGGUUCUGACGAGGAAUUCAGGCGACAUCACUACCAGCGUAUCUUGGACCAUUACUUCACACAGCUGACCCUGGCAUUGGAGAAGUUGAAUAUUGAUAUAGAUAAAGUGUAUCCUAGAAAGAACUUCGAUAUGAAUCUGAUUGAGAUGAAGCCCUUAGGGUUGUUAUUCAGUCUAUUACUGGUCGGGAUAGUGACGGCAGAGCCAGAAGACGCUCCCAAGUUCGGUGGGGACUUGUCCAAGAUGCGAGUCAAGCUCAACCAGGUGGCUCAAGAACGGUUUAGCGGGAUUGUGGCGGACUUUGUACGCUGGGGAGUUUUGUGAGGACUUUCACUUUUUAGUUGUUGGAAAUAGGCCACAAACAUAAGCGCCUGCAGUUUUACCACAUGCAACGCGACGCAGCGCGUGAGAGUAAAUCUCGACUUUUAGGUACAUCUUCUUGCCAUAUAUACGCGGCUAGCAACGUUCCAUGUUAAUCUUGUUUUAAAGUUUUUAAUAUAUUCUUUUUGUUUUUCCCUCAAAACUCGUAUUAUUUCAUCAUUAGUUUUAUUGCAAUUAUUCAUAUUAUAAAUGUUUUUUUGUUACUAUUUUUAUAUGAAUUUAAUAAGUGAUCUCGUUAUAUUACACAAAAAAUUGACAUUUAUUUCGAAGUUGUGAAUUGUACCCUAAUAAUCUUUUUGGGAGAAAACAUAUUACUUAAAUGGUUUUUAUUUUAGAAUGUUUGCAUGUAGAUAGUUUGUAGUCUAUGUAGAUCAUGAUGUGUGUUGUUAUAUUUUGGCUCAGGUAAAUUUGUAUUGUAAUAUUAAAUAAUCUAAUCUUAUUUAUGAUAUUAACAUCAAAGUACAGAAGUAAAUCUUUUAAACAGUAAGUAAAUUAUUUUCACCUUAUUCCAUUUCCCAGACAAUUCUUGUCACAGCGAUUAGUUGAAAAAAAAAAUACAAAUUAAGUAUGCGAUGUUUGAUUCGCCAAGACAAGACAUUGUGUUCGGUUUACCUGGGGGGGAGUGAGUGAAAUAACACUAUUUUUACAGAUUAUAUCGCGUAUUAAAUUAAAACACAUCUUGACGUUUCGAACCCUUCACAGCGGUUUUUCACUACGGGAGACUGAGGAAAGGUAUAUUUAUCUCUGUCAAAACUACAAUGUAGACCACUUAUAGUUGUAUAUAUAUACCCACAUACUACACGUGCAAAUGUAUUAUCAUUGUCAGAGGUCAAUGUUAUUUUGCCUCAGUCCUCCUAUUUUAAGUUGUAUCAUAACACCACUUCGAAUACGGAAAAUUUACCCGAUUGCUCGCUAGAUGGCAUUAGCGUCGAGUUAGAUCGCGCAAGCGUUAGUCUUUCACAGUUUCAUGGCAUGUAUUGGAUAUUAGUAUGCAAACUAGUCGCCAGAUGGCGGUGGCGUCGAGAUAGAACGCGCAAGCGUUUGUCUUUGAUUUUUAGGGUUCCGUAGCCAAAUGGCAAAAAACGGAACCCUUAUAGAUUCGUCAUGUCCGUCUGUCUGUCCGAUUAUGUCACAGCCACUUUUUUCCGAAACUAUAAGAGCUAUACUGUUCAAACUUGGUAAGUAGAUGUAUUCUAUGAACCGCAUUAAUAUGUUUACACAAAAAAAGAAAAAAAACAAUAAAUUUUGGGGGUUCCCCGUACUUACAACUGAAACUCAAAAAAUCUUUUUUCAUCAAACCCAUACGUGUGGGAUAUCUAUGGAUAGGUCUUUAAAAAUGAUAUUGAGGUUUCUAAUAUCAUUUUUUUUUAAACUGAAUAGUUUGCGCGAGAGACACUUCCAAAGUGGAAAAAAGUGUGUCCCCCCCUCCCCGUAACUUCUAAAAUAACAGAAUGAAAAAUCUAAAAAAAAUAUAUGAUAUACAUUACCAUGCAAACUUCCACCGAAAAUUGGUUUGAACGAGAUCUAGUAAGUAGUUUUUUUUAAAUAUGUCAUAAAAUUAAAAAAAAAAAUUUUUUUUCAUCAAACCCAUACGUGUGGGGUAUCUACGGAUAUGUCUUCAAAAAUGAUAUUUAGAUUUCUAAUCUCAUUUUUUUUAAACUGAAUAGUUUGCGCGAGAGACACUUCCAAAGUGAAAAAAAAAGUGUCCCCCCCCCCUGUAACUUCUAAAAUAACAGAAUGAAAAAUAUAAAAAAAAUAUAUGAUAUACAUUACCAUGCAAACUUCCACCGAAAAUUGGUUUGAACGAAAUCUAGUGAGUAGUUUUUUUUAAUACGUCAUAAAAUUAAAAAUAAUUUUUUUUCAUCAAACCUAUACGUGUGGGGUAUCUAUGGAUAGGUCUUCAAAAAUGAUAUUUAGGUUCCUAAUAUAAUUUUUUUCUAAACUGAAUAGUUUGCGCGAGAGACACUUCCAAAGUGGUAAAAUGUGUGUCCAAAGUGGUAAAAUGUUGAACAAGAUCUAGUAAGUAGAUUUUUUUUAAUACGUCUUAAAUGGUACGGAACCCUUCAUGCGCGAGUCGGACUCGCACUUGGCCGCUUUUUGUUUAUCAGAUAGAUUUGAUAGGAGAGGUGACACGGUUAAACUAUGCAAAUUAUUCUGCUACUCUGUGUACUUCCUUACUAGAGAUGCUCGGAGACUAAUUACUAACCCCCUUAUUCAUAAACGUGUGCUAAAGUUACGAUGCCGCUAAUAAUCGUUUGUCUCUUUCCAUCAUACCAAUACAU